AUAGAGUCUCCCAAUAAAAAACCAAAAUAUGCCACUUACAACUUACAACCACUUGACUUGGCCUUUUCUUCACCAUUUUGCUAUCAUCAAUGAAAUCAAAAUCAAAAUCUUCUUAAUUAUAUAUACAAAUUACACAACUCAAAAGUAGGUGAAAAGCAACACCACUAUUACCUAAUCUUACAACAUUACAUUACACUACACAUUUAUUUACCUCAAACUUUCUUGAAACCCUAGCUGUUUUGAUUAGUAGAUCUUGUUCUUUUUCACCCAAGUUUGUAACUUUCGAUCUGGGUUUCAUUCUUUUGUAUAAUUAUUGAUUACCCAUUUGAAGAUAAUGUUGUUCUGACAAUGUUUUUUAAGAAUGUCUGUUUCUUUGGCGGCUUUUGAGCGUCCCAGAAUUGGAGCUACUAAUACGGUCUUUAAAAGCGGGCCAUUAUUUAUAUCUUCGAAAGGUUUAGGUUGGAAGUCAUGGAAGAAGCGCUGGUUUAUUCUCACACGCACUUCUUUGGUGUUCUUUAAAAACGAUCCAAGUGCAAUUCCUCAGAGAGGUGGAGAGGUAAAUUUAACACUAGGAGGGAUUGACUUAAAUAAUUCAGGAAGCGUUGUUGUUAGAGAGGACAAAAAGCUGUUAACUGUUCUCUUUCCUGAUGGGCGUGAUGGACGGGCAUUUACUCUCAAGGCCGAGACAUCAGAGGAUUUAUUCGAAUGGAAGACAGCUCUGGAACAUGCUCUUGCUCAAGCACCAAGCGCAGCUAUUGUUAUGGGGCAUAAUGGGAUCUUCCGCAAUGAUACUACUGAUUCUAUUGAGGGCCCCUUUCAUCAAUGGCGAGACAAAAGACCCAUCAAAUCUUUAGUUGUUGGCCGUCCAAUAUUGCUAGCAUUGGAAGACAUAGAUGGAGGCCCGUCUUUCCUUGAAAAAGCUCUUAGAUUUCUUGAGAAACAUGGGACCAAAAUAGAAGGUAUCUUGAGACAAGCUGCAGAUGUUGAGGAAGUUGAUCGGAGAGUUCAGGACUAUGAAACAGGAAAGACGGAAUUUGGUUCUGAUGAGGAUGCUCAUGUAGUCGGUGACUGUGUCAAGCAUGUCCUUCGAGAGCUACCCUCAUCCCCUGUUCCUGCAUCCUGCUGCACUGCAUUGCUCGAAGCUCAUAGAAUUGACCGGAAGGAAGCUCGAGUAAAUGCCAUGAGGUCUGCAAUCAUGGAAACAUUUCCUGAACCGAACAGGCGUCUGUUACAAAGAAUCCUGAAGAUGAUGCACACUAUUUCUGCACAUACUUAUGAAAAUCGGAUGACUCCAUCGGCAGUUGCUGCUUGUAUGGCGCCGCUGCUCUUACGCCCUCUUCUAGCUGGUGAAUGUGAACUGGAAGAUGAUUUUGAUAAUAGCGCAGACAACUCUGCACAACUUCUUGCGGCUGCAAAUGCUGCUAAUAAUGCUCAAGCAAUUAUUACAACUCUACUUGAGGAGUAUGACAAUAUCUUUGAUGAUGAUGCUAUGCUCAAAAGUUGUAUGUCAGCUGAUUCUCGGAUGGACAAUAGCGGGAGUGAAGAUUCAAUUGAUGAUGAGAAAUUGGUAAGCAAAGUGAAUGGCUACCAUGAUGCAGAAAAUGAAGCCGAUCAAGAAACUGAUGAGGAUCCUGAGCGUGUACUCAGUGGAAAGCUGAGUGAAAGCAGUGGUUAUGCUUGCAGUGAUCUUUACGACUUUAAGGCAUAUGGAGCAGAUGAAACAGAUGUUGUAUCCCCAAGGAACAAUGUUAACCCACAACCAAAUUCUAAUUUGGUGAACUUUCAACGGCUUGAAGAUUCUAAUGCUCAAAUACAUGAGCAACAUAUUCAUCGGAACAAGGAAUAUGAAAAUGAGAUGGGCACUCCUGGCAUAUUGUCAAGAAGUGAGUCUCAUAGAUCAGUUGGGACAUUACUUUCUUCUAUUGAUCAAGGGGGGCUAUCUGCUGCUAAAUCAUCCACAGAGACUCCAAUUAGCAAAUUUACGGGCUCCAACAGUAAUACCAAGCGCUCCACAUUUUGGGGGCGCAAAAAUGGAAGAAAGACUCCAUCAAUGGAAUCUGUUGAUUCUUCAGGCGAAGAAGAGCUUGCUAUUCAAAGGCUUGAGCUCACGAAAAAUGACCUGAGGCAAAGAAUCGCAAAGGAGGCUAGAGGAAACGCAAUACUUCAAGCUAGUCUGGAAAGAAGGAAACAAGCAUUGCAUGAGCGUCGAUUAGCGCUUGAGCAAGAUGUUUCAAGACUUCAGGAGCAGUUACAAGCUGAGAGGGAUUUACGAGCUGCAUUAGAAGUUGGGUUAAGCAUGUCUUCUGGACAGAUUUCUGGAUCACGUACCAUGGAUUUAAAGACAAGGGCUGAACUGGAGGAGAUUGCUCUUGCAGAAGCAGAUGUAGCUAGAUUGAAGCAAAAAGUUGCAGAAUUACAUCAUCAACUUAAUCAACAACGCCAGCAUCACUAUGGCUCUCUCUCAGAUGCUUCUGACCGAUACCAACAUGUCAAUAAUCAUAAUUCUCAACAGAGAUUUUUUCAGCAUGAUUUUGAUACCACACUUGCUUUUAUUAAUAAUGAAAGGAAACAGAGGACGGAGGAAAAUUCACUAGGAAAAGAGCUAAGAAACAAUAAAGGACAAACAAUAACAUCUGCUAAUAAUAGUAGGCAGCCUUUACGGAAGCAGCAGCUUGUAGAAUCUACAAGCUUGAGCGACUCUAAAAGUACCGAGGCAUCUACAAGUUUAUCCGUGGAUGAUUUUGGGGCUGUUGAUUCUGCCUGUAUCCCAUCAUCAUCUAGACCAGCAGAGGUAGUUGAGUAUCCACGACAUCCAUCAGCUGCAUCUUCCACUUUGGUAGAGUUAACAACCCGUCUUGAUUUCUUUAAGGAACGGCGCUCUCAACUUAUGGAACAACUUCACAACCUUGAUUUAAACUAUGGGACUUCCUCCCAAGAUUUUAUGUAUAAACAAUCAUCCCCUCGCUAAAACAUCUCUAUUAAACGCUCAUCCAAAGCUCUCCAUCUGUAUAUCCUUAUUUCUUUUUGGAGUGUAGUUGCUUUUCUAGUCUCAAUGUCUCUUUUUGGACUCUCUUUAUUUGUCCUCCCCUUCAUUUGGUGUCCAGAAAAAAAAAGUGUUAUCUCAGUUGUAGUGGGUAUCAUAGUAUAUCCGUUUAUCAUAAAGUGUUAUUAUCUGCCAUGAUCGAUAAUCUAGCUGUUUGAGAAUGUAAUGAAUGUUGUGUUUUUUGUGAUACAAUCACCUUAUCUAUUGAUGUAAAUUCGUAUUAUAGUUUACCAUGUUGGUUUUGGUAUCCUUUUUUUUCUUGCUGUUGUAAAAUUUGGACUCUGCAUGUUUGCAAACUUGCACGAUUGAGAAUAUUUUUUUUGUAA